AUGUUUCUUCAUUUAUACACUAAUAACAUCGACAAGAAAGAACACUUAGCAAUUGUUUUCGGGGACCACAUCAGAAGUAGUAGCCUCGAUGCUCCACGGACGGGAGAAACAGAAAGAGACCGAAUGACCCGUGGUGCAUAUACGGGAGUCCUCUAUCCUGGGAGGACGACCAGUGGAAUUGCGGAUAAUUCCGACGAUUCUCAAGCCCUGUCGCCAAAUUUGAACACUGGGCCUCCUUUGGUCAGAGUUCACAGCGAAUGCUAUACGGGUGAGACUGUGUGGUCGGCCCGGUGCGACUGUGGGGAACAGCUCGAUGAAGCAGCGCGGCUGAUGUCGUUACCGGCAAGUGAGGCUGGUGGCAUUAUUAUCUAUCUCCGACAGGAAGGACGUGGUAUAGGUCUGGGAGAGAAAUUGAAGGCAUACAAUCUACAAGAUCUUGGAUCCGAUACGGUUGAAGCCAACCUGUUGCUGCGACAUCCGGCCGACGCACGAAGUUAUGGCCUGGCAACUGCGAUGCUCCUUGAUUUGGGCCAGAGUGAGAUUCGCCUUCUCACAAACAACCCGGAAAAAAUCAGAGCGGUAGAGGGUCCCAACCGAGAGGUGGUUGUAAAGGAACGGGUACCUAUGGUACCGUUAUCGUGGCGGGGAGAGGGCGGUUUCCGGAGUCGCGAGGUUGAUGGAUAUCUUAGCACAAAGAUUCGAAAAAUGGGCCACUUGCUCGACUCCGGUGGACUUAUGACUUGA